AUGGCCAUCACGAACGGCAAUGGAACCAACGGUACACACGCGCCACGUGCGCACCCUGGACUUUGGAUCAUGGGCCUAGGUCACCAGUAUGGGGCUUAUCUUUGUGGACCUGAACGGCUGGAAGAGCUGGCCACGCGCUUCUACGACGUCGAAGCACCUGGGCUCAAGAAGUUGCUGCAAGUCAACCGAACUUCCGGCAUCGACCAGCGACCGAGUGUCCAGGACAUGAGCUCGAGUCCCCUCCUACAUCGUCCUGAAAUGCCGACAAUCACUGAUCUGAAUGCGAUUUGGUACAAGGCGGGCGUCGAUCUGUGUGCGCGAGCCUGUCGCAAGGCGCUGAAGGAAUGGGGUGGUGACUUGUCCGAGAUCACUCAUGUCGUCGCUUGCACCACGACUUGCUAUGGCAACCCGGGCGUCGACUUGAUUGUGGCAAACAGACUUGGUCUCGGGCCCGAGGUACAACGCGUACUCCUCGCUGGUGUGGGAUGCGCGGGCGGCCUGUCCAUCAUGCGCAAUGCUGCUCAGGUCGCCCUCGCCGCAACAGCACAGCACAAACCAGCGCGGAUCCUAGCUUUUGCGUGCGAGCUGUGCACCACCAAUGCGAGGCAAGAACUGGCUGAUGCUGAGGCCAGCACAAGCCCAGAGGAUAUCAGCAUCGCGGCAGCUCUCUUCUCGGACGGUGCGGGUGCAUUUGUACUGUGCAACGAUGCUGGACUUCCAGAAAGCGGACGAGGCCCUAUCUUCCAGCUCAUGGAUUGGGACAAUGCGACCAUUCCAGACUCAAUGCAGGAGAUGGGCUGGGACCUUGUUCCGUCGGGCUAUCGGAUCACCCUGACACGCACGGUGGCGACGGCGGCAGCCGCGGCGGUGAAACCCAUGUUUUCGAAGAUGCUGCCUGCGUUUCGCGACAGAGUCAGGCUCUCGGAUGCGACAGCCGCCAACCUUGACUGGGCUCUGCAUCCCGGCGGCAAGGCCAUUAUCAGAGGGGUGCAGGAUUCGAUGGGCCUGACCGAGGAGCAGCUGUUUGCGACCAAGCACGUCUACAAGACGCGCGGAAACUCAUCGAGCCCCACGGUUUUGGUUGUUUUGGACACACUGAGGAAGGCUGAGGGAGGCAAGGAUGAUGUGGUGGCAGUGGCUUUUGGGCCGGGUAUGGCGAUAGAAAUGUCCUUUUUGCGGCGAUGCCACCCCGUGGAUGAUGAUUCGGACUAG